ACUAAAUCGAGCGAAGAGAUUGAGGAGCUCCGCCAACGACGCCGAGCUAGGCGUAAACGUCGAAAGAAGCGCAUGAGAAGGCUGGCAAGAGAAGCAGAAAUGAAGAAACGACGAGAUUUUGAAAGUGAUGCGAUGAAAAAUACUGCAACUCAAUUUAUAUCAUCCUCUCGAAUUAUUGAUCCCUUGUCUAAUGAAAGUAUUAAUCCCAAGAUGAUAAAGGCAGAGUUGUUAUCAGCGGUAGAACGCCUUGGACCUUCAUUGCCACCUAACACUCUUGAUCUCCUCAUAGAUCAACUGGGAGGGCCAGAGUAUGUUGCAGAGAUGACCGGAAGGAAAGGUCGUAUAGUCACAAGAGAGGAUGGUGAAGUUGAAUAUGAACUCCGUCAUGCGGGUGCAGACGUCCCUUUAGAAUUGAUGAAUAUGGACGAAAAGGACAAAUUUAUGAAAGGGGAGAAGAAGAUUGCCAUUAUUUCGGAAGCUGCUUCGAGUGGAAUUUCACUGCAGUCUGAUCGCCGAGCUCAAAAUACUCGACGUCGUGUCCAUAUCACUCUCGAGUUGCCUUGGUCUGCGGAUAAAGCCAUUCAGCAGUUUGGUCAGCCAUUAUUUCACCUUUUGUAG